AUGAGAUUUUCAGGGACAAUUAUUGGGGGCCUGCUGGCUUCGAUGACGGUUGCUGCUCCUCAAGCCUGCACUCUUCCAUCGACAUACAAGUGGACAUCGACGAGUGCUUUAGCAACCCCUAAGUCGGGAUGGGCCUCGCUCAAGGAUUUUACCCACGUCGUCUACAAUGGCAAGCAUCUUGUCUACGGGACAUACCACGAUACUGGAUCGACUUGGGGCUCCAUGAACUUUGGUACUUUCACCAAUUGGGCUGACAUGACCUCUGCGAGUCAGAACACCAUGUCUUCGGGCGCGGUUGCACCGACAAUCUUCUACUUCGCCCCGAAGAGCAUCUGGGUGCUCGCUCAUCAGUGGGGGCCGACGACGUUCUCCUACCGGACGUCGAGCGACCCUACCAACGCGAACGGAUGGUCCUCGGCCCAGCCGCUAUUCACAGGCACCAUUUCGGGUUCCAGCACAGGCGCCAUCGAUCAGACGGUCAUCGGCGACAGCUCCAACAUGUACUUGUUCUUCGCUGGGGACAACGGCAAGAUCUACCGCGCCAGUAUGCCUAUUGGCAACUUCCCAGGCAGCUUCGGCACGGCAUCGACGGUAGUCCUGAGUGACACGACCAACAACCUCUUCGAGGCGGUCCAGGUCUACACCGUCUCGAGCAGCCAGUAUCUCAUGAUUGUCGAAUCUAUCGGUGCCAAUGGGCGCUACUUCCGCUCUUACACGGCUACCAGCCUCGGUGGCUCAUGGACUGCCCAGGCCACGAGCGAGAGCGCUCCGUUCGCCGGGAAGGCAAACAGCGGCGCCACAUGGACGAACGAUAUUAGCCACGGCGACCUGAUCCGCAGCAACCCGGACCAGACCAUGACCAUCGACCCGUGCAACCUACAGCUUCUGUACCAGGGGCGGUCGCCUAGCUCCUCGGGAGACUAUGGCCUUUUGCCAUACAGGCCUGGUGUGUUGACUCUAUCGAAGUAG